AUGGCGCACGACGCGCCCCCGUCCCCCGAGCUCGAUGACCGGACCAUCGAGACCGCGAUAGCGCUGGACAUAGACCCCUUCGCCGAGGAUCACCUGCUGUGGAUCGCCAGGUCCGCGCAGAACGACGCCGAGCUUCCCCCCGGUUGGCAUCGAUGCACGCUCGCGGACCUCUCCGAGGGCUACGCAAACCCCGCGCUCGGCGUGGAGCGACCCGAUCACCCGAGGGCCGAGGAGUUCCGCGUGCUCGUCGCGCAGGAGCGCAGGCGCACGGCGGCGCGCGCGCAUCGCCCGCACCCGGAACAGCCCCGCAAGCGAGCGCGAACGGGCAACGCGAGCGGCGGCGGCGGCGGCGGCGACGAGAAUGCGACGUCGCGGAUGGGCAAGACGCUCCACGUGGACGCCCGCAUCGCCGCGAUGGAGGCGUCGCACAGGAUCGCCCUCAAGGGUGCGCAGCGCAAGGUGGCGGAACUUGAGCGGCGUUUGAUUGAACGGGAGGAGGCGUGGGAGAACGAGCGCAUGGAGGCGGAGGCGCGAACGCACCGCGUCGUCGUCGAGGCGGAGGAGCGAAGUAGGGUCGGGUUGGAGGACGAGAGGCGAGCGAUGCGGGACACGAUCAGGCGGGCGGUGGAGCGGGAGCGUAAGGUGGCGGCGGAGGAGGCGACGCGGGCGGUGAAGACGUCGCUCAGGUCCGUAAAGGCGGCGGAGGCUGAGGAUGCGCGGCGGCGGGAGCUCGAGGCUGGAGGAGGCGCUCAGCAAGAUGCUCGCCUCCGCGCGGGAGGAGCUUAG